GUCUACCAACCACUCCUUGGAAAUCUUAUGUGGUAAUCCUACUUUUCCCUAUAGGGCCGCUGUGAGUUGGAAUCGACUCAGUGGCAAUGGUUUGGGUAUAAGCUUAAAAUCAUGAACAGAUGGGAGAAGGGAACUUUGAAACAGGCAGUUGAAAAUGUAUGCUAGAAGACACUUUAUGAUAUAGUUUUUCAGAAGCAUCACUGAGAAAAUGCAUAGGGAAGUACAGUAGGAUUGUCAAGAUGUGUAAUGAAUUUAAAGUGAGAUUAGAUGGCAAAGCUGAGGGUCCAUCUCCAGCAGUUACCAAUUGCUCCAGUGCCUUGUUGAGUUAGGUAUAGCUUGUUCUAUCCUGGGCUGUGCUCUGAAAGUAUAAUGAAAUGAUCUUAAAAUAAAUUUAAGGGGGCUGUUUACUGUGAUAUAACAGGAGGAUGUGGGAUGUACUUAAGUAGCAUCAUUCUUAAAGUGCAAACAAUUGCAUUGGUCAUAAAAUCCAAUCCAGACACCUCCAUAUGAUUUAGAGAUAAGGAAGGGUAAAAGGAAAUGCUCAUGUAAAUUUACCUUUUCCACAGAUGAAUCAUCAGGUAAAACCACCACAAGAUAAUCUAACCAAAGUGAUGGAAUUUGUUCUCUUGGGCUUUGCUGACAUGCCCCAUCUCCAGUGGUUUCUUUUUGGAUUGUUUUUAAUCAUCUAUAUCAUUAUCCUGAUGAGUAAUGGCACCAUAUUUCUCAUAACAAAAAUGGAUCCUGCUCUCCAGAGCCCUAUGUAUUUUUUCCUGGCAAAUUAUUCCUUCUUGGAAAUCUGCUAUGUAUCAACUACUUUCCCCAGAAUGCUGAUGAAUCUAGGAACCCAGAGAAGAAGAAUUUCCUUAGUUGCCUGUGCUACACAGAUGUACUUUUUCUUCACGUUCGGAAGCACAGAGUGUUUGCUCCUGGCAGUGAUGGCCUAUGACCGCUUUGUGGCCAUUUGUAACCCUCUGCACUAUCCUCUAGUCAUGAACCACAGGGUCUGUAUCCAGUUGGUGACUGGCUCCUGGGCCACUGGAAUCCCAGUUCAGAUAGGGCAGACGUAUCAGAUUUUCUCUCUGCCUUUUUGUGGAUCUAAACAAAUUAACCACUUCUUCUGUGAUAUUCCCCAAAUACUCAAGCUGGCUUGUGGGGACACCUUUGUAAAUGAGAUGUUGGUCUACAUACUUUCUGUGUUAUUUGUCAUGGUUCCCUUUCUGUUGAUACUUGGCUCCUACAGUAAAAUCAUCUUCAUCAUCCUGAAGUUACCAUCGGCCACAAGUCAAGCCAAAGCCUUCUCCACCUGCUCAUCUCAUCUUAUGGUUGUGAUGUUAUUCUUUGGAUCAGGUAUUAUUGCCUACUUAAGACCCAAUACUAGACACUCAGAGGGAAAUGACAAAGUGCUAUCUCUUUUCUACACUAUCCUAACUCCUGUGUUUAAUCCCAUGAUAUAUAGUCUAAGAAAUAAGGAUGUCAAAAUAGCACUGAGAAAAUUGCUAUGUAAAUAAUUCACUAAAGAAUCAGGUAAUGUAUGAAAAUUCCUUUCUUCCAUAUUUUUAAUUAAAUUUCAACAGAUGUAUACUUUUAACCAUAACUUGUGUUAUGGUUUAGUUGUGUCCCUCCAAAAUGUGCAUCAGCUUGGCUAGGCUAUGAUUCUAAAUACUGCUUGAUAGUCUGCCAUUUUGUGAUUUGAGUCGAAACCUUCUAGAAGACAACUGGUUUGGUGAUUUUCCUAUGUGUUGUAAACCCUAACUCUAUGAUGUAAAUGAGGCAGGAUUAGAGAGGCAGGACUCACUCUACAACAUUAAGUUGUACCUUGAGCCAAUGUAUUUUGUGAUAAAAGAGAGAAGCUAGGAUAGAGAUAGGGGGACCUCCUACCACGAAGAAUGAUGAACCAGAAUGGAAGCAUGUCCUUUGAUCCCUGCACUGAGAAGCUCCUAGACCAGGGGAAGAUUGAUGACAAGGACCUUACUGCAGAGCCAGCAGAGAGAGAAAGCUUCCUCUGAAAUUAUCUCUCUGAAUUUGGAUUUCUAGAUUCCUAGACUGUGAGAAAAUAAAUUUCUCUUUGUUAAGCUAUACAAUUUUGGUAUAUCUGGUAUAACAGCACUAGAUUAUUAAGACACCUUGUCUUUCCAAACAGUACAAUCAUUUCCAAGUUAAAAAUCUCUUGUAAUGUUGUCAGAACUUUCUGCACAAA